AUGAUAUACACCAAAGUUUUUGUCACUUUCGCCCAGAAAACUCGGCCAGGCACCGUUCGCGUCUUUAAGGCAUUGGAGCCCGUAGUUAAACACCUUAUGUUUAGGUGGAUCACGUACGAUCUACGUAAGGCUAUUUUCGAUAUAGAUGAUGGUCUUCUUAGAUCGAAGGAAAUGGUGUCUGUCCGCGAGGAUGACGAGAGAGCCCUGGCCUUCCACUGGACCGAAAUUUCCUGGAAAGUAGUUGAUGUUAAGAAGGAUAUAAGUCAAAAAAUGACUAAGUUCCUUAGCUAG